GCAGACUACAAAGUCGCGUACACUAAUGCAGUGCAAAUGACUAUCAUCACCACCACAAUAUUUACGUUUUAUUGUUCUGUAAACCCUAAAGCUUCAAACUGGAGCCUAGGAGGUGGAUUCAACAAGGGAAGAGAAAGCUGAGAUAAGAGGAAAGGAUGGAGGGAGAACCACCCCUUAACCACCACCAGCAGCAGGAACAAGAACAGCAAGAACCAUCACCUUCUCAAGACUCUCUUCUCCCUUUAUCUAUUAUUAGGCGUUUAUAUAUAGGCCAAUUUCUUGCAAGAUGGGAUGCCAGAAUGUGGGAAUUCUCUGUUGGUUUGUACAUGAUCACUCUUUGGCCGAAUUCCUUAAUCCUUGCUGCCAUCUAUGGAGCUAUUGAAUCUGCCUCUGUUGCAUUGUUUGGUCCCAUUGUAGGACAAUGUGCAGAGAAGUUGACAUAUGUUAAGAUUAUUCAAAUAUGGUUGGCGACUCAGAACCUCUCCUUUGUAAUUGCUGGAUUCUCAGUAAUUGCAUUACUAGUCUUUUCAACCUUGAAGUCAACAAAUUUCACAGCUUUCAUCUUCCUUGUGAUAUUAACCAACAUCUCUGGAGCUAUUGGUGUGCUUUCCACCCUUGCUGGUACCAUCUUAAUAGAAAGAGAAUGGGUAGUGGUUAUAUCAGAAGGCCAUCCUCCGCAUGUACUAACAAAGAUGAAUUCAAUUAUCAGACGAAUUGAUUUGACCUGCAAGCUUCUUGCUCCAGUUGUUGCUGGCUUCAUAAUCAGUUUUGUGUCAGUUAAAGCCUCAGCUAUGACUUUAGUUAUCUGGAAUACAUCAGCUGUAUUGAUGGAGUAUUGGUUUUUCACAUCUGUAUAUAGAGGAAUUCCAUCUUUAGGUGAAAGUAGCCGAAGGAGAAUUACAAGACUCUCACCAAGUAAUAUGGAAGAGGGCAUAGCUACUUCUAGAGAGCCAGAGAACUUGCAUUCUCAAAAUGGAGAAAAUUCAGUAUUGGGGGAAAAGAAAUGGCGAGGGAAAUUAACUGUGUGGGUUUCAAAGGCCCCCUUUGUUCGUGCUUGGAAAGUGUACCUAUGGCAAGAUGUUUUGCUCCCUGGAGUAGCUCUAGCUUUAUUGUAUUUCACAGUUCUUAGUUUUGGCACCUUGAUGACAGCUACACUGAAAUGGGAAGGUAUACCAGCAUUUGUAAUUGGUAUAGGACGUGGAGUAAGUGCAAUAAUUGGAAUUGGCGCAACAGUUGUAUACCCAAUCUUGCAAUCUCGUAUUCUAACUCUCAGAACUGGACUUUGGUCAAUCUGGUCUCAGGUAAUUUGGAGCUGCCUUUUAUUAUGUGUGGGUUCGAUAUGGGUCCAAAAUUGCCAUUUGUCAGCAGGUAUGCUGAUGGCUGGAGUGGCAACAUCUCGACUUGGCUUGUGGAUGUUUGACUUAUCUGUCAUCCAACAAAUGCAGGAUCAAGUUUCUGAAUCUGAUCGUUGUGUUGUGGGAGGUGUCCAGAAUUCUCUUCAGUCUAUUCUAGACUUGUUAGGUUAUGUGAUGGGAAUAAUCAUCUCCAAUCCACAGGAUUUCUGGAAAUUGACUUUAUUAUCAUUUUCAGCGGUAACAUUGGCUGCAUUACUCUACAGCAUUUAUCUAUUUCGUGUUCGGAAGCACCUCUUCCACUUUGAGAAGCUAAAAUGUUGGUAAAAGAAUGUAUGAAUUCUGGUUGGUAUACAGUGAGCACAUAAAGGUCCUGAUAAUUUGAUAACCUUUUAUUAUUUGGUUAAAUGGUACAGAAUAGUAUAAUAAAUAUGAAAAUUACUAAAAUACUUUAA